AUGGGCUUUGCACGCCUCCAUCUCAAGGCCAAGACGAUCGAGUGGCUCAUCAAAAUCAGCUGCUCAGUGUCCUUCUGUCUCUACGGCUACGAUGCUGGAGUUCUCGGCGGUGUCCAGGAAACGAAGCCGUUCUAUGAGGCUCUCGGUAACCCGACUGGUACUUAUGUCAUUCCCAUGAUUGCAUCAGCAUACACGCUCGCUGCGACUGUGACUUCGUUAUUCUGUUCGGUCAUGGGACUUCCGCUGGGUCGCCGAAACUGCAUUCUCUUGGGUAACGCUGCCGUUAUCGUGGGAGGGGCUCUACAGGCGUCGGCAUGGUCUGUCCCCCACAUCAUUGUUGGUCGCAUCUUCAGUGGCAUUGGCAUCGGUUUUAUCUCGUGCACGAUACCCACCUACCAGGUUGAGAUGAGCACUGAAACAGAGGGUCGUGGACCCAAUGUUGCGGUUACUUGUGUGUGGCUCGUCUCGGGCGCUGCGAUUGCCUACUGGAUCGACUUCGGGUUCACACGUAUGACUAACCAGAUUUCAUGGCGCUUCCCUAUCGCACUGCAAUGUGUUUUCGCACUCGUGGCCGGUGCUUGCAUGUUUGUCCUGCCUGAUACACCACGUUGGUACUACGCGAAGGGGCGCAUUGAAGAGGGAGACAAAAUCAUGGCCAACCUCUUCGAUGCUGAUAUCAACGAUGCCCGCGUCCAGGAAACGAAACAAGCGAUUCUGGCUAGUGUUCUUCUCGAGCAGCAGGAGGAGAACGGUUUCCGCAUCAUGGACCUGUUCUGGGACACCAGCGAUCUCCGCGUCGGUCGCCGAAUCCGCAUCUCGUUCCUCAUCCUUGCAAUUCAGCAAAUGAUGGGUAUCAACCUCUCAGUCUAUUAUAGCACGGUUAUAUUCUCUCAACUUGGCCUGCCUCUAUUCAAAGCACAACUUCUCGCAGCGGUCAUGAACACUCUGUUUGCAGCUGGCACUAUUCCCCUUGUCUUCACAAUUGAACGGGUCGGAAGGCGUGCAGUACUGUUAUGGUCGGCCGUUGCUCUGACAGGCUGUAUGAUCGUAUUCGUUGCGAUGAUCGGUCUUCCCAACCCAACUCCAGCUACUCAAUGGACUGCUGUUGCAGCAAUCUUCGUAUACAACUCCGUCUUCGGUUACGGCUGGAUUGGUGUCUGCUGGCUUUAUGGCCCCGAGAUCGCUCCGCUCAAGCUGCGUCACACUGGUGCAGCCGCUGGCGCAUUUGGAGAGUGGCUAUUCUCGUUCAUUACCGUAUUUGCUGGUGGAAUUGCUCUUCAAAAUGUUGGCUGGAAGAUCUGGCUCUGGAUGGCCCUCUCUUGCGCUGCUGCAGUUCCUUUCGUGUGGUUCAUGUGCCCAGAGACAACUGGAAAAUCUCUCGAAGAGAUUGAUCUUCUCUUUGCGAAGGAUCAUGUCAAGCAAAGUGCCCUGGCAAACGAGAUCAGCAUCCAUUCUCACCUUGAAAAAAAGACAGAUACAAUUAUGAUUGAGAAGGUAUGAGCUUGCCUCUUAUACAGCAGCUUGAAGACGUCGAUAUUAGGGAUAUGGAAGAUGAGAUCGAUUGUGGUGAUGCGAAAGAGUGAGACCGUGUAUACUCGAAUCAGCUUGAAUAAACAACAAGCUUACUGGCGAGUGUAGGCUUAGAAUCAAUCGUGAAAAUUGCCUAGGAUUCUAAAACGCACUAGCAGAUGGUCAGCUUGGCGAAGAAGAGUGUGUACAUUGGCGUAGCUAUUGACAGAUGCAGCUGCCAUUUGUUUUUGAGUCAACGGGGACUUUGUGUCAUAGUCGAUCAUCCCAAUUCAU